AUGACCCGCCGCAGUCUCCCACCCUGUCGCCCGGGGUAUAGCGACCAUGUCUUCGCCUCUGUUCAUGGAGUAGAACUGCCACUGCGCGUGUGGCCGCCCUUAAAGCGUAAGGGCGCAGGGAGGGUGCCGUGGCUGUUGUGGAUACAUGGUGGCGGAUACACCGCAGGGAAAUGGACAGCCCCAACAGCCUGGGUAACCCGUAUCUUCGGGGACAGAGGGUAUGCCAUCGCCAGUGUAGGAUACAGGCAGCAGCCACAGGCCAGCAUGCCCGACAUGCUGGGUGACUGUCUGGCCGCGGCUGCUUGGUGUAGAGCCCAUCUUCCCGACCUGGUUGGGGCCGAUCCCGACGCAUGGGUCGUGGGAGGCUCCAGUGGGGGGGCGAGUUUGGCUUGUCUCGUUGCCCAUGCGCCCAUGUUUGAGGUACCUCAGUACGCCAUCUCCUCCCACCACCCCCUCCCACCCCCCCGCGUCCUCAUCAACGUCUACGGAGCCCCAAACGCCGCAGACGACUACCACCACAACCCGUACCGCAAAGUAGUUGUCGAGGACUACUACGUCGCCGACGAGCCCGAGUUAUCCGACAUGUUAGCCGACCGCAACCCCGCCAACGCCAUCACCCAAAAGGAUGAGGGAUGGGAGUGGAUCGAGGAGAUGCUUGAUUUUGUGGAUCAGCAUAUCGGGUUGCAGCAGCUCAACGCGUCUGUAAACGGGUCACCAAAGACGGCGAAUAUAAGUAUGAGGUAUACGCGGUAG